CACUGAGCUCUCCUUUCCUCCCUCUUUCUUCACCUUCUACUCUUCUUUAAGGAGCUGGCCACCUCGGGACGCUGGUUCCAGAGGAGCACUGAGCAAGGGCGGGGCGUAACUCUCAACAGAAUCCUGAGGCCAGGAGCCAGGAUGCAAGCACAGGAAUAGCGAAGCAGCAAAAGCUAUGGUCUGUGUUGUGAGCCGCUUUCCCUUCCUGACUGGUGAAUUUAGAAUUCUCCCGUGUAGGUCAGAAGGAUUAAAGAACAACAAUAUGGGCUACAGUGGCUGAGCAACUCCCAGGAGUGUCAGAAGUUACAGGAGCUGGAAACCUAAGGGAGGAGAGGAGAAAAUCUAGCAUGAGUGACAGAUGGGAACCAGAGAGAAGUGGGAGGAAAUCUUGAGUCGGGUACCCCAGACAUGUUCCCCCACGUGUUCACAGCCCUGGAGAACAUCGCAGACUGAAUACCUUACAACAGAAGAGGGAUGGUUAUAAUUGCUCAAAUUGGGACUCAGAUCCUGCUAUCACCGCCUGUUUUCAGAACUUUUAGUCUGCAACUGGGCAACUGCGAGGGUCACCAUCCUGCUUCCUAGCACCUGAGCGAGUCCUCCUCUCUUUGCUUGUGCCCUCCAGAUCUUCCCAUUCCCUCCCUUGCCAGCUAGCUCCUUUACUGGAGUCGCCAGAUAUACAAUAAUCCAUAGAACCGUGUAGCCUAGGGGUCUCAACUACAAACUUGAGAGAAAGCUCUGCCUGCAUCUAGGAAGGGCCACGGGGACAGGCUGUGUCCUGGGGCUGUUUCCUCCCUGGACGACCCACGAUUGCAUGACCGGUUCCCUCUGCGCGACCACUCCUGCUCUCCCAGCCUCCUCGCUCUACGGCGCACUCGCAGCUCCCUAGCGACACCAGCCAUCAAGCUGGGGGGUGGAGAGAGUCGGGGUGCGCAAGUGGGAGGCCUCUCCCUCGGGAGCCUGGGAGAUCCCUGCCGCCAGCAGGGGCCGUGCCACCGCCCUCGCGGAAACCCAAGCUUUCAUCCAGAGCCUUCCCAACUUCGCGGUGCUCUUAGACCAAGGGUGUCAGGAUGGAUCUGUCACCCCGCCGCCGGCCGCUGCUGGACUCGUCGUCGCUGGACAGCGGCUCGCUGACCUCGCUGGACUCCAGCGUCUUCUGCAGCGAGGGCGAAGGGGAACCCUUGGCUCUGGGGGACUGCCUCACGGUCAACGUGGGCGGCAGCCGCUUCGUGCUCUCGCAGCAGGCUCUGUCCUGCUUCCCGCACACGCGCCUGGGCAAGCUAGCCGUGGUGGUGGCCUCCUAUCGCCGCCUGGGAGCCCUGGCUGCCGCUCCCAGUCCCCUGGAGCUUUGUGAUGAUGCCAACCCGGUGGACAACGAGUACUUCUUCGACCGCAGCUCCCAGGCGUUCCGCUAUGUCCUGCACUACUACCGCACUGGCCGCCUGCACGUCAUGGAACAGCUGUGCGCUCUCUCCUUUCUUCAGGAGAUCCAGUAUUGGGGCAUCGACGAACUCAGCAUCGACUCCUGCUGCAGGGACAGAUACUUCAGAAGAAAGGAGCUGAGUGAAACCCUUGACUUUAAGAAGGACACAGAUGACCAGGAAAGUCAACAUGAGAGUGAACAAGACUUCUCACAAGGACCUUGUCCCACUGUCCGCCAAAAGCUCUGGGAUAUCCUGGAGAAACCUGGGUCUUCCACAGCAGCCAGGAUCUUUGGAGUAAUCUCCAUCAUUUUUGUGGCAGUGUCCAUCGUCAACAUGGCCCUGAUGUCAGCUGAGUUAAGCUGGCUCAAUCUACAGCUGCUGGAGAUCUUGGAAUAUGUGUGUAUCAGCUGGUUCACUGGGGAGUUCAUCCUGCGCUUCCUGUGUGUGAAGGACAGGUGCCGCUUCCUGAGGAAAGUACCCAACAUAAUAGACCUCCUUGCCAUCUUGCCCUUCUACAUAACUCUUCUGGUGGAAAGUCUGAGUGGCAGCCACACCACACAGGAGCUGGAAAAUGUGGGGCGCUUGGUCCAGGUUUUGAGGCUCCUCAGGGCUCUUCGCAUGCUAAAACUGGGAAGGCAUUCUACAGGAUUGCGCUCUCUCGGGAUGACAAUCACCCAGUGCUAUGAAGAAGUCGGCCUGCUGCUCCUGUUUCUAUCUGUGGGGAUUUCUAUAUUUUCAACAAUAGAAUACUUUGCAGAGCAAAGCAUUCCUGACACAACCUUCACAAGUGUUCCUUGUGCAUGGUGGUGGGCCACAACAUCCAUGACUACAGUAGGAUAUGGGGACAUUAGACCAGACACCACUACAGGCAAAAUUGUGGCCUUCAUGUGUAUCCUAUCAGGAAUCCUUGUCUUGGCCUUGCCUAUUGCCAUUAUCAACGAUCGCUUCUCUGCUUGCUACUUCACUUUGAAACUCAAGGAAGCCGCCGUGAGACAGCGGGAAGCUCUCAAGAAGCUUACCAAGAAUAUAGCCACUGACUCAUAUAUCAGUGUUAACCUGAGAGAUGUCUAUGCCCGGAGCAUCAUGGAGAUGCUUCGAUUGAAGGGCAGGGAAAGAGCCAGUACUAGAAGCAGUGGUGGAGAUGAUUUCUGGUUUUAAGUUAUCUAUGUACAUUUGACUGGAUUGAUGAAGCCUUGCUACUACAGAUAACUGUAUAUUGAUGAUGAGUUUCUUGAACGCUUCUCAUCUUCUUUCUGGUCUGUUGAUUUCCUAAAAUAUUUAACAUCGGCUAUAGCAACAACUGAUUAUUUUGACACACCUGUCUUCAACACAGCUAAUUAAUACAACCAAAAUGAUUUGGGAAAAGAAAUACAUAUCUGAAUUUUCAAAUAUUAAUGAAUAUAAUUUCAUACAUCAAAACUUAAAGAUUCAUGUAUCAUUGUUUUGGUUUUUUUUUUUUAUAAUGGAAGUUGAACUGCACAGCCCAGAGGGGGAAAAUGGUGAACAUUUGAAAACACACUGAACAUCAUUUUGCUCUUUAAAAAUAUUAUCCAAAUAAAUUACUUUUUUUUCUAUAAAUUAGACAUUAUACUCUGUUGAGUAUAAUGAUAAGCUUUGCAAGCAAACACUCAAAUUCUGUGGUCACAGAGGGUACCUCUUUUUCCAUCAAGUGCAAAUCACUGGGCCAAAAUGGACAGAGCUCCGCCCUUUAUCACUACAGUUGCAAGUGACCUCAGACUGCCGAGUAUGCAGUAAGUGAGGCUUCAAGUGCCUAGACAGCUUCAUCAUCCCAGCUGAGGGUGAUGUGUGAAGAAGAAAGCAGCACAGGUCUUUGUGAAAAUUAGAUGAUUUGUAAAAUGUCUCAUUAUGGAUGAACUAUUUAAGUUAUGCCUUCAAAACCAUAAGAUCAUGAAUAGGUAAAAGUGAAGUUGUUGAGAUCCUAAAUUUCUUCAUUGAAAAGAUUAGAUGGCUUUUUUUUAAUGAACUUGAAGAUCUUUUUAUUUGUUAAAAAAUAUUGUGGAAAGCUUUCUGAUUGUUGAGGUAAAUAACAAAUGUUCAGAUUUUGCAGGCACUUUGACAGUAUUUAUGGUAAUAAUACAAUGCCUAAAUGUUGUGGCAUAUAAUUAAAGCCAAAAGUUUUUAAAGCUAAGAAAUAACCCUGGUUCUAAUAUAAUAGUAAGUAAUAAUUUCAAAAGCCUGACAAAGGAUUCCCUUAUUGCCUACUUUCUUGAUGUACGCAAUAAAGUUCCUAAAGAAAAUAAAAUUGGUCCUGAGAUAGA